CAAAAUGUCAUUAAAUUAAUAUUGUUCGGAAAUUUCGGUAAAAUGGGACAAGGCUCCCUGACAAAAUUAAAAAGGAAUAAAAGGAAAAAAAGUUUAUUAGCAACCACAUCAAAGGGUAGUGAAAUUAAACCUUCCUCUGAAGUGAUUGUCAACAUGGUUACUUGCAUCGAAAGAAAUCCUAAAAUGGAGGUCGAUGGACCUCUCAAGGGUGAAGGGUUCAGGUCCUACUACAUUACCAAAAUAGAAGAAUUGCAACUAAUCGUUGCUGAAAAAAGCCAGAACCUUAGAAGAUUACAAGCCCAAAGGAACGAACUCAAUGCCAAAGUUCGCAUGCUUAGAGAGGAACUAAUGCUCCUUCAAGAACAAGGAAGCUACGUAGGAGAAGUAGUCAAGCCCAUGGACAAGAAGAAAGUGCUGGUGAAAGUCCACCCGGAGGGAAAAUUCGUGGUCGACAUCGACAAAAACAUCGACAUCAACGACGUCACGCCGAAUUGUCGAGUCGCCCUUCGAAAUGAAUCCUACACUUUGCACAAGAUCCUACCCAACAAGGUGGAUCCUUUGGUGUCCCUUAUGAUGGUCGAAAAAGUGCCGGAUUCCACUUACGAAAUGGUCGGCGGUCUGGAUAAGCAAAUCAAAGAGAUCAAAGAGGUGAUUGAAUUGCCCGUGAAGCAUCCCGAGCUGUUCGAUGCCUUGGGCAUCGCCCAGCCCAAGGGUGUGUUGUUGUACGGGCCGCCCGGAACCGGUAAAACUCUUCUGGCUAGAGCUGUGGCUCACCACACGGAAUGUACCUUUAUCAGAGUAUCUGGUUCGGAGUUGGUGCAAAAAUUCAUCGGUGAAGGUUCUCGAAUGGUCAGAGAACUGUUCGUGAUGGCCAGAGAGCACGCCCCAUCGAUCAUUUUCAUGGAUGAAAUCGAUUCUAUUGGAUCCUCGCGUAUCGAAUCAGGUUCCGGUGGCGACUCGGAGGUUCAAAGGACUAUGUUGGAGUUGCUGAACCAGCUCGACGGGUUCGAGGCCACGAAGAACAUUAAAGUGAUAAUGGCAACGAACAGAAUCGACAUUUUGGAUCCGGCUUUGCUGAGGCCCGGCAGAAUCGACAGGAAAAUCGAGUUCCCGCCACCGAACGAGGAAGCCCGAUUGGACAUCCUGAAGAUUCACUCGAGGAAAAUGAAUUUGACCAGAGGGAUCAAUUUGAGGAAAAUCGCGGAAUUGAUGCCGGGCGCUAGCGGUGCAGAAGUGAAGGGAGUGUGUACUGAGGCUGGUAUGUACGCCCUAAGGGAGAGAAGGGUGCAUGUAACACAAGAGGAUUUCGAAAUGGCUGUUGCCAAGGUCAUGCAGAAGGACUCUGAGAAGAAUAUGUCUAUUAAAAAAUUGUGGAAAUAAGUUUGUCGAGUAUAUAUUAAUUUUGUAUUUAUGUUGUAAGGAAUAAAUUGUCGUCUUUAAAAGAUG